AUGGGUAUCAAGGGGUUGCACGGUCUUCUCAAGUCCAUCCAGAAACCAUGUCAUAUUAAAAGUUUUGAUGGUCAGACUCUUGCUAUCGACGCCUAUGGAUGGUUACAUCGAGGCACAGUUGCCUGUUCUGUGGAUUUAGUCCUGGAGAAACAAACGCGAAAGCACAUUGAUUUCGUCCUACAUCGAGUGCGCAUGCUGCUUUUUUUCGGAGUAAAACCCUACCUUGUAUUCGAUGGCGACAAUUUGCCCAGCAAAGCAGGGACCGAGCAAGAACGACACCUCCGUCGCCAAGAGAGCAAGUCUCUCGGUCUCGAGUUGCAACGAAAGGGUAGAAUUACGGAAGCAUACCAGGAGUUCCAAAAGGCGGUCGAUGUGACACCCUACAUGGCUCGUCAAUUGAUCGAAGAACUGAAGAAAAUGAAUGUUCAAUAUGUGGUGGCACCUUAUGAAGCAGAUCCCCAGAUGGUGUAUUUGGAACAACUGGGAAUCGUGGAUGGUAUCAUUUCCGAGGAUUCGGACUUGUUGGUCUUUGGAGCGAAACGUCUUUUGUCGAAGCUGGAUCAACACGGCGACUGCAUUGAGAUAAACAGAGCUGACUUUACCGCUUGUCGGGAUGUUAGUCUAGUUGGAUGGAGCGAUGCAGACUUUCGGCACAUGUGCAUUCUCAGCGGAUGCGACUAUCUGGCCAACAUUCCCAAGAUGGGUCUAAAGACUGCCUACCGAAGCAUUCGGAAGUACAAAACUGUGGAGAGGGUCCUUCAGAUGCUCAAGUUUGAUGGACAGUAUAAAAUUCCAGAUGGCUACCUUGCGAAUUUCAUGCAAGCUGAACAUACAUUCAUUUACCAACGGGUCUUCUGCCCCGAAGCCAAAAAGCUUGUGACUUUGACUGUACCAGAGGAAGGCGUCAAUCUGGAGGAAAUGCCCUUCAUCGGGGCGGAUGUGGAGGCAGCAAUAGCAGUAGGUGUUGCUUGUGGUGAUUUGGAUCCUAUGACAAAGGAAAUCAUUCUGUUGAAACAACCUUUAACUCAAGGUAAACAUCUCCUGGGUCUUACUCGCCGCCAGACAUUGGGUUCGUCGUCAGAGCUAAAGCCCCGCAAGCCCAUCAAUACGUUUUUCACCCCGAAGAGGCAGCCUCUAGCCGAGCUGGAUCCCAACACCCUCACUCCGUCGCCAAGCCAGCAAUCACUUCUGGAGCGCAAUGCGAACAAUUCCUGGCAGCCAGACUCGGUUCCCUUUCUCUCGAACUCCAGCGCGAGAAUGUCGACUCCAUUCCGGGCCUUCUCUGACCAGGGUCUCAGCCCUAUGAUCCGAAGUGUUGAAAGGAACACAUCUCUGGCACAUGCUGCCAGGGCGUCUCAACAAUCGCAACCUUGGAAAAGACAACGACUUUGCUCCGAAGCCGAUGAUGAUGCUCUACCCGCUCGUUCAGAAGCCCGCAGUAGGUUCUUUUGCAAUACCCUCACAGAUAGCCCUACUGGACAGAAAGUCUUGCGGACCAAGAAACAACGCAAGUCAAUGUUGGACGUCUUCUCAGAUGAGGUGGCUGAGGAAAUAUUCUCGGGCAUUUCUGAAUCCCAGUCUAGUGUUGAAUCGGUGGGGACUCAUGCAACUAGCCGCCAUGAUGCCCCCACUGAGGUGAGUGGGUCCGAGAUCCAUUCUGAUAAUAUCGCGGUACCACAAUCAGAGGACCCUGAUUCUACAAAUGCUACGGAGUUCAACCAAGCCCUUCAGUACAAUGUCAAGCCACAGAAAUCUACUGUUCUUUCCAAGUUCACCUUUAAGGCGAGGAUGAGCGCCGAAGCUUCUGGGUCUGAAUCUGGAAUUCCCAUGGUUUCGUCCAAUGACAAGCCAGUUUCUGUCUCACCCAGGACUCCAAGCAGGGGUGCCCAAAUCAAGACCCAUUUGGGUCAACAUUCGCGCCUGACACCUCUACAGCGUCUUGGACAGACAGCACUGAGUCGGGCUCAUACCAUCAGUUUCCCAACCAAACUUCGACAGAUCGACUCUCAGACUAAAGAACUCCCUGAUACCAAGCCAACUCCUGUCGCACAAGGUAGCGAAGACCAUAUAGUUCCUGACAGUGAAGAUGAGGAAGAGCUCGAUACAACCGAGCAAACAUCGACUUUGGAUUUGAAGCGUUUCUCGUUCGCUGCUAAAUAA